UAUAUGUGCGCCCAAGCACACCGUUCUUGUCUCUCAUACAUUCACUUUGGUUGAUAAAACUCGAUUAGUGAUGGCUUUUGCAAUCAGGAAUGUGGUAGCUCUCUUGAUGAUCAAAACUCUUUGUCAAGCCACUUUCGCCGUUGUUUACGAAGUCGGAGACUCUGCAGGCUGGACUCUGCCGAUUUGGGGGAAUGUUGAUUAUGACAAAUGGGCUUCCUCUAAGAAGUUCCAUGUUGGAGAUGUUCUUGUAUUCAAAUACACCAGGCUACUUUAUGACGUGAAACAAGUAACGAAGGAACAUUUCAAGGCUUGCCAUGCAAAAUAUCCCAUCGCUACUUACACCAGUGGCUACGACAAUGUCACCCUCGAAACACAUGGAGACAUGUAUUUCGUGUCUGGUGCUCCUGGUCACUGUCAUUUUGGUCAAAAGCUUCACGUCAUCGUCAACCAAAUCUCAGGCGUUAACCCUAUCCUAGGCAUCAACCCGAUUGUUAAACGAACCCUAAUCCCAAGCGUCAACCCAAUCCUAAGUGUCAACCCGAACCCAACCAUCAACCCAAUCCCAGUGGUCAAUCCCAUCCAAGGUGUCAACCCGAUCCCAGGCGUCAAUCCCAUUCCAGGUGUCAACCCAAUCUCAGGGGUCAACCCAAUCCCAGGCGUCAACCCGAUCCCAGUUGUUAAACCAAUCCCAGUCCGAGGUCUCAACCCGAUCCCAACCAUCAACCCAAUCCCAGACGUUAACCCAAUCCCAAUAGUUAAACCAAUCCCAAUCCCUGUUGUCAAUCCAAUUCCAGACGUCAACCCGAUCCCAGUAGUUAAACCAAUCCCAAUCGCAGGUGUCAACCCGAUUCCAGACGUUAAUCCAAUCCCAGCCGUCAACCCAAUCCCAAUUGUUAAACCAAUCCCAGUCCCGGCCGUCAACCCAAUCCCAGAUGUCAAUCCAAUCCCAGCCGUCAACCCAAUCCCAACCGUCAAUCCGAUCCCAGUUGUUAACCCAAUUCCAAUCAUUAAACCAAUUCCAAUCGUCACACCAAUUGUUGUUCCCCCAGUUUACAUAAUUAGUCCAGCACCAGCUCCUGCUUAUAGUUAAUGUUUCAUCGCCAUGAAGCUGCAACCUCUCCGGCCUAGAAACAGUGCUCCAUCUCUUCCAUUGCGCAAACUCUGGAGGUCAUCCUUGUAAUUAAUCAGAAUAUAAAUAAAUCUCUAAAACAUAUUUAAAUUAUGAAUCAUCAGUACUAUUUUUGCUUGUAAUUCCACCUUUCUGUCUUA